AUGGCUCAAUGUGUCCACCAAAAGAUCAAGUACAACAAACAAACAUUGCCAAGACGAAUCGAAGAGGCCUUGGAAGAGCUUCGAUUAAUAGCAACAAAACUCGAGCAGAAGGCACCUUUGCCGCAAGUUGAAAUGAAGAUUGUUGUCGACGAACAUCACAACAUCGGGCCAGAAGUGAGCGAAGUAGACAUCGGUAUGCCAUUAGCUGUGCAAUGGAAGUUGCUUCCUGAAUCAGAUGCCUACGGCUUCCAUGUGAAAAACUGCAUUGUGAAGGAUGACAUCAGCGGAAUCGAGCAUAAAAUGAUUGAUGAACUCGGAUGCUCCACGGAUCUCAGCAUCUUUGCUCAUCCACAUUACGACACCUAUCACGAUACGGCUUCGUCUCAUAUGUGGGCCUUCAAGGUGCCCGAUCAUUCUCGUCUUCGAAUUAGAUGUGAUGUCGCAAUCUGCUCCGAUAUUGCCUCUUCUACUACGAAUAUCAGCAGUUGCGCAGCUAUUCCAAGUGUAAGCAUAUUCGUCUCAAAUUUCCUUUGAGU